AUGUUCUGCUACCACUGCCCCCCGGGCCUCCCAGCGCCGCGAUUACCGCCAUCCCUGGAGUAUCCUUUCGCCCCGACUCACCCCUAUACUAGUUACUCCGCCUAUCAUCCGGCACUGCACGGAGUUGGCGAGGAUUCCUUCGUGCGGAGGAAGCAGCGCCGAAACAGGACAACUUUCACCCUCCAGCAACUGGAGGAACUCGAGUCCGCCUUCGCGCAGACUCACUACCCGGACGUCUUCACGAGGGAAGAUCUGGCCAUGAAGAUUAAUCUCACCGAGGCUAGAGUACAGGUAUGGUUCCAAAAUCGGCGGGCGAAAUGGCGUAAGAGCGAACGGCUGAAGGAGGAGCAACGCAAACGCGAGGGUGGAAACGGCAGCGGCGGCGGCGGCGGCGGUGGCGGUGGCGGUGGCAGCGGUAACGUAGAAUCCUCCGCUCUGGCCGCGCCGACGUCCUCAUCGGCGGGUCCGAGUCCCACGGGGAACGAUCCGGAGGGCACCACGACGAGCAGCAGCGCCGCCGACACGGAGGACGCCGUGGCGGAGGGUACCGGGGUCGGUGGCGGCGGCGGCGGCUCCAGGAGCCCCAGCACGACUUCCGCUUCGGUCAGUCCCCGGCCUCAGCCAAGCCAGCCGUCCCUGGGUGGCGUCUCGACGCCACCACCGACCCCCAUAAGGGCGCCGCCGCCGCCACCGAGCACCGUGGGGGGCCUCGGACCGCCCGCCGAGAGCACCACGGGGAUAGGCGCAGGCUUCAGGCCGGUGGAACCGCCGACGUCCCUUUUCUUCUCGCCUCAUCUGGCCGCCCAGUUCUCACCACCGCUCUUCGGUAAUAAAGUAGUCAGCAGCGCGUCGACAUCGUUGACCUCGACGACGCCGUCGUUGUGGACGACCAGUGACCAGCAUCGGCCGAGCAGUCUUCAGGAAAUGUUGUCUUGGUCGCCGACCGGCUGGCCCGGUUCCAUUUGCGGCUGUUGCAAGCCCGGCGCCGCCGGCACCGGCACCGAUCUCCAUCGAAGUAACAGUCUGGCCGAGCUCCGGAGGAAAGCUCAGGAACACUCGACCGCCUCGGCUCUCCUCGGUGGCCUAGCCGGCUUCCCCGGAGGGCUACCCCUGCCUCUGCCCUUGCCGCUGCUGCCGCCCUUGUUGGGCCUCUCCAGGCGACCGGAGCAUCACCAUCAUCAUCACCUGCCUGGCGUGGUGCAUCAAAUACAACCCACCACCAAGGAAGAUCCCUAGGAUCGCCUCCACAAACGCUGGUAUCGUCUCGUAGACGCGAGACAUAAGUCACAAAAGGAUAUUCCACUGUCGGAUGGUCGCAAAGUCGAAGCUAGACAGCGAUAUAACAAUCUCGGUGAGUUCGGAUAUCGAUGCUACAUACAAGCUGAAGAAUGUUACAUAGGGUGUUACAUAAAUACAUAUGUACAUAUGGAAUGUUAUAUGUUUCCGCGUCUUUUUUUCCAUGUAUGGAGAAUUAUUUUUCUAGCUUCCUUCGAGUAAUGGACACUAACGGGAGAAUUAGUC